AUGACCCCGAACCUGCGCACCGCGCUCAUUUUCGGCGGCUUCAUCUCCCUGAUCGGCGCCGCCUUCUACCCCAUCUACUUCCGGCCCAUAAUGCGGCUGGAGGAAUACCGUGAGUGA